UUCUUCCCUGUUGAGGGCUGAACUACGUCGGUGGCUCAUCCAAACUUCCUUUCCCCUGAUAUGAGCACAGAUUCAUUUCGUGGCGUUUGCUAGUAAAUUCGUGUAGAGCUGCCUGAGCACUUCUUGAUCGAGUUGGGAUGGAUUUUCGCUCCGCUCUGUCCGACUUUGAGAAGCCGGCCAACUCCAGAACACGAAAGGAGCGAGAUCACUUGGACACCUGCGCGUGCGCGACCACCGCUGAGCUCAGCAGGGCCGUGUCCGUGUCCCUGGGCUUGGAUGCCUCGUCUUCACCGCUCAACGGUAACGCCAACCUCAGCGCCGCCGGUGCAUUUAGUGACUGCGAGGCGGCCGUGGGUCACUCUCAGAGUUCGCGACCAGAGUUCGGCGUGCUUCGGAACAUGGAGUGGCGGGGCCACGGCGACCCGAGAGAGGACGAGUUCACAGACGUGUGCCACGCAAUCCAGCAGGUGAGCUGCAUGGACCUCUUAAAAUCUGGCGAAGAUGACAGCGCACGUACUGUGACGCGCGGUUCGGUGAUUUCCACCUUUGUCAGCAAGGAGUCCAACUUAUUUGCGAACACGUCCGCGGAACCCGCCUCCCAAAUGGACCAUCUGUUCGCUCUCAAACCAUAUUCCGCCUGCGCUGUUCACCCCAAUUUUUACCGAGAUUUCCCGGGAGUGUUGUACUCUAAUAAUGAGCACGCGUGCGGUGACCGAGUGGAGCCGGAGGGGGCUCCGUAUCAUUUGGAGUGUAAAUAUUGUAACUGUGGACAAGCCAGCGUUGGAUCGAUGCACGACUGCCGCUGUGUCUGGCGCAAGAAGGACGAGCAGAGUAAAGGAGGCAUGCGAGCUGGAGCAACGAUGGCGCAAGGCUACGGCCAAGUGGAAAGUUACCCAAGUGAACAUUUUCCCGGACAGCGCACUUAUCCAUCAAUCAAGACUGAGUUGCCCGCGUGGAUGGACUGCACAGAAAGGGGCUUCAGGCCUGAAGACCUGUUUCCUGGCGUGUUCCUCUCAGACCGGCGGGUGUGCCAGGUGUGUGGGGAUGAUGCCUCAGGUUGUCAUUAUGGAGCAGUUACCUGUGGCAGCUGUAAAGUAUUCUUCAAGAGAGCAGCCGCUGGUAAACAAAAUCACCUGUGCGCCAGCCGAAACGACUGCACUAUUGACAAGCUGAGGCGGAAAAACUGUGCUUCGUGUCGCUUAAAGAGGUGCUUCAUGUCAGGAAUGAGCCUCAAAGGUCGCCGGCUGAAGGGCGUUGGCCAGACGAGGAGUGGAGAAGAGGAGCAACCUUCUGCUGCCUGGGGGCAUGGAGAAGGAGGAGAGAGGCCAGGCAUGACGGAUGUGAUGUUGGGGCAAGGAAAUGCACUUUCCCGGGCUCAAGCAUCUCAGGCUGUGGUUGUAAAUAUCCCCCCAAGUAUCCGUUCCUGCCUAUCACUGCUUAGUGUGCUCCAGUCCAUUGAACCUGCCGUCGUCAAUGCUGGGCAUGACCCUGCCCUUCCAGACAGUGCCGCCUCCCUGCUCACCAGCCUUAAUGAGCUCGGUGAGAGACAACUUGUCACAGUUGUACGCUGGGCCAAGGCAAUGCCAGGGUUCCGCAACUUACACGUAGAUGACCAGAUGACAGCAAUUCAGUUGUCCUGGAUGGGGGUCAUGGUGUUCGCUCUGGGGUGGAGGUCCUACACCCAAACCAACAGCUCAAUGCUCUACUUUGCUCCAGACCUUGUUUUCAAUGACCAGCGGAUGCAGAUAUCCAGUAUGUAUGAGCACUGUGUGCGAAUGAAGGUUCUGUCCCAACGCUUCUGUAUGCUGAAGGUCACCCAGGAGGAGUUCCUGUGCAUGAAGGCACUGGUCCUCGUUAGCAUUAUGCCAGUGGAGGGCUUGAAGAACCAGCAAUGCUUUGAUAAUCUGCGGGCCUCCUACAUCAAGGAACUGGAGCGCUUGGCCAGUCACCGUGGGGAGACCACCCGGACACAGAGGUUGUUUCAGCUCACGCAGCUGCUGGAUUACCUCCAAUCGAUUGUGAAGAAGUUGCAUCAGUUCACUUACGAGCUGUUCAUUGAAGCUCAGUCCCUGCAGACCCGCGUCAACUUCCCGGAGAUGAUCUCAGAGAUCGUAAGCGUCCAUGUGCCCAGGAUCCUCUCAGGCAUGGUCAAACCCAUCUUAUUCCAUAAUUCCGACUAGAAAGGGUCCUCUUUCAUUGUGCUAUUUGUCACUUGAGCUCCGACACACCCUCCUUUGAACAGUUGUGGUAAAAAUGUCAAGAAUGAUGACUCUGCUGUCGUCCAGUGGGUGAUGGAAGGGCACAGACGUACCACAUCUGGGUGAAAACGGAACUGAGCUCCUUCCUGUCCAAUGAAAUGAAAUCUAAUCAUAUCUACUCUGUUCUUUGUGCCUGCUCUGUGUCAAGUGCAUAAAAUGUGUCUGUGGCCUACAAUGGCAACACAAUCUUGAAAUGUUGAGAGGUAAGUUGGAAGUGACAAGAUAUUAUUUGAUGAGUUAACUCAUUUAUGAGCACUUACUUUGUUAUGCACUUGCAUUUUAACGUCCUGUAUUGAAUGUGCACCUUAUUCCACAUAUGUUUAACUGACUGCCUACAUGCUGAGAUGCUAAAAGCUUUUUGAUGAACUCGUCUAAGUGUCCUUGAGCAAGAUACUGUGAACCCCACGUUGCUCCUGGUGCUGCGUCACCAGUAGGUGGAUGGCAAGAUGUGUAAAGCGCUUUGAGCGCCUUGAAAGGUGGAAAAGCGCUAUAUAACACCAUUUACCAUUUUUAAAACACUUCUCAAAGCAAUGUUCUGUCUACAUAUUUGUACAAUUUUGUGGGUCACUUGAUGUAAAACGUGAACCACACAGACUAGUAGCUAAGCAAACUUUACUUUUGCUAGUUUAUUUUGAAUGUAAUACAAAUUUUCCACUGUUGGAACUUUUCUACAAGUGUGCUUUCUUAAAGUGUUCUUUGCAAGUGCUUUUUGUGUAUCACCAUAUAUUCAUUGUAGCAUCUGAUUGUGCGCUAUGUGCUUCAGCAAAAAACAUCCAACCAAGAACCUAUUAUUCUGUGACAUAAUAAAAACAGGAUCAUGAGAGUAUUUGUUUGUAUGACAACGAUGAAGACAAGUUGUAUUUAUGUUCAAUAUAACAAUGUACAGCUGAAGGUUAGUAAUGACGAGGUUUUCAGAUGCAGGUUGAGGAAUUUGUUGCAUUUCACUGUGUUAUACAACUAUAACCAUGUUUGUGACAAGUAGGAGUGGGAACCUCUUGAUGCCUCACGAUACGAUACGCGAUACAAAGCUCACGAUAACGAUGAUCUGACGAUACAACGAUUAUCGAUACA